AUGAUCGGCAAAAAGGACCAGGGACGGCUCUCAGAAGACACGAUCGGCAAAAAGGACCAGGGACGGCUCUCAGAAGACACGAUCGGCAAAAAGGACCAGGGACGGCUCUCAGAAGACACGAUCGGCAAAAAGGACCAGGGACGGCUCUCAGAAGACACGAUCGGCAAAAAGGACCAGGGACGGCUCUCAGAAGACACGAUCGGCAAAAAGGACCAGGGACGGCUCUCAGAAGACACGAUCGGCAAAAAGGACCAGGGACGGCUCUCAGAAGACACGAUCGGCAAAAAGGACCAGGGACGGCUCUCAGAAGACACGAUCGGCAAAAAGGACCAGGGACGGCUCUCAGAAGACACGAUCGGCAAAAAGGACCAGGGACGGCUCUCAGAAGACACGAUCGGCAAAAAGGACCAGGGACGGCUCUCAGAAGACACGAUCGGCAAAAAGGACCAGGGACGGCUCUCAGAAGACACGAUCGGCAAAAAGGACCAGGGACGGCUCUCAGAAGACACGAUCGGCAAAAAGGACCAGGGACGGCUCUCAGAAGACACGAUCGGCAAAAAGGACCAGGGACGGCUCUCAGAAGACACGAUCGGCAAAAAGGACCAGGGACGGCUCUCAGAAGACACGAUCGGCAAAAAGGACCAGGGACGGCUCUCAGAAGACACGAUCGGCAAAAAGGACCAGGGACGGCUCUCAGAAGACACGAUCGGCAAAAAGGACCAGGGACGGCUCUCAGAAGACACGAUCGGCAAAAAGGACCAGGGACGGCUCUCAGAAGACACGAUCGGCAAAAAGGACCAGGGACGGCUCUCAGAAGACACGAUCGGCAAAAAGGACCAGGGACGGCUCUCAGAAGACACGAUCGGCAAAAAGGACCAGGGACGGCUCUCAGAAGACACGAUCGGCAAAAAGGACCAGGGACGGCUCUCAGAAGACACGAUCGGCAAAAAGGACCAGGGACGGCUCUCAGAAGACACGAUCGGCAAAAAGGACCAGGGACGGCUCUCAGAAGACACGAUCGGCAAAAAGGACCAGGGACGGCUCUCAGAAGACACGAUCGGCAAAAAGGACCAGGGACGGCUCUCAGAAGACACGAUCGGCAAAAAGGACCAGGGACGGCUCUCAGAAGACACGAUCGGCAAAAAGGACCAGGGACGGCUCUCAGAAGACACGAUCGGCAAAAAGGACCAGGGACGGCUCUCAGAAGACACGAUCGGCAAAAAGGACCAGGGACGGCUCUCAGAAGACACGAUCGGCAAAAAGGACCAGGGACGGCUCUCAGAAGACACGAUCGGCAAAAAGGACCAGGGACGGCUCUCAGAAGACACGAUCGGCAAAAAGGACCAGGGACGGCUCUCAGAAGACAUGAUCGGCAAAAAGGACCAGGGACGGCUCUCAGAAGACACGAUCGGCAAAAAGGACCAGGGACGGCUCUUAUAA